AUGGACCGCAUCGUCCAUCCUGUCGCUCGCCAAUUGCUGCGACCCCGUCCGCGAUACCCUUUUGCCAUUCCUUCCGCGCCCGCUGCGAAGAGACUAUACACUAUGGGACACAACCGCCCUGAGUUGAAAGAUAAAUCUCUCUUCAUUGAGAAAUGUUAUAUCAAUGGCGAGUGGGUUGGUGCCCAGUCGGGCCAGACCUUCGAGGUUCACGACCCUGCCACUGGUGAGCUCAUUGGAACUUGCCCUGAGCUCGAUACCGCCGACGUUGAGAAGGCCAUCCAGGCCGCUUCCGAGGCGUUCCCUUCUUUCCGCACAACCCUGGCCCGCGAGCGUGCGCGCAUGUUGCGCCGGUGGUACCAGCUCAUGGUGGAUAAUGCAGAGGACUUGGCCAAGUUGAUCACUUGGGAGAACGGCAAGCCAUUCGCCGACGCCAAGGGUGAGGUCAACUAUGCCGCCAGCUUCUUUGAGUGGUUCAGCGAGGAGGCGCCUCGUACCUACGGUGAUACUAUUCCGGCCACAGUACCGGGCAACCGGGUGAUGACCCUUAAGCAGCCCGUUGGUGUCUGCGGUCUGAUUACCCCGUGGAACUUCCCUGCUGCGAUGAUCACCCGCAAGAUCGGCCCGGCCCUGGCGGCUGGCUGCACUGUUGUCGCCAAGUCUCCUUGCGAGACCCCCUUUACUGCCAACGCUCUGGCUGAGCUCGCCCACCGUGCGGGUAUCCCCAAGGGUGUUGUUAACAUUGUCACUGCCUCCAAGAACACUCCCGCGGUCGGUGAGCUUAUUACUACCCACCCGGAGGUUCGCAAGGUCUCCUUCACUGGCUCGACGAACGUCGGCCGUCUGCUCAUGAAGCAGUGUUCCUCUACCAUUAAGAAGGUGUCCUGGGAGCUGGGCGGUAACGCUCCUUUCAUCGUCUUCGACGACGUCGAGGAUCUCGAUGCUGCCGUGAACGGCGCUAUCGCCUCCAAGUUCCGUAGCUCCGGUCAGACUUGUGUCUGCGCGAACCGGAUCUACGUGCAGAAGGGCGUCUACGAUGAAUUUGCCAAGCGCUUCGUCGCCAAGGUCAAGGACUUCAAGCUCGGAGCUGGCUUCGGGGAGGGCAUCACCCACGGUCCCGUCAUUCACGAGCGUGCGGCCGCCAAGGCCCACGAGCACGUUCAAGACGCAACCUCCAAGGGCGCCAAGGUCGUCAUUGGUGGCCAGAAGGCGUCCGCUCUGGGCCCCAACUUCUACGAGCCUACCGUUUUGACCGGUAUGAGCAAGGAUAUGCUCAUCGCCUCGGAGGAGACCUUCGGUCCCGUGGCCGGUCUCUUCCCCUUCGAGACCGAGAAGGAGGUUGUUGAGCUUGCUAACAAGGCCGAGGUUGGUCUGGCUGGCUACUUCUUCAGUGGUAACGUGCGCCGUAUCUUCCGCAUUGCCGAAGCCCUGGAGGUUGGCAUGGUUGGUGUCAACACCGGCCUGAUCAGUGAUGUUGCCUCGCCGUUCGGUGGUGUCAAACAGAGUGGUUUCGGUCGUGAGGGCAGCAAGUAUGGUAUUGAUGAGUUUAUGACCAUUAAGAGCGUCACUUUUGGCGGUAUGGGGGAGCCUCUGCAGGCAUAA